UGUACUGAAGUAUUUUCUUUAAUAAAUUUAUCUGCAAUAUUUAACUUAAAUAAGAGGUGCGAACCGCGGCGGGCGCUCACUGACCAUGCUUAUAUUUAUUAUUGUAUCUAAAUUACAUUAUUUGAUACAAAAGUUUUUAUGGAUAUGAAUCAUCAGUCAAUUUCAUAUCAGUGAUUAAUUUCUAAAUUGCAUGCAGAACAGGAUGUAGAAUCUGUAAUUAUACAUAUUAAGAGUUUGUAUUGGACAAAUUUUAAUCUAUUAAAUAUGUAUUAUAAAAAAAUCUGACAGUUAUUAAAUUUAAUAUCUUGUUUGCAAAAACUUCAGUCAUUUAUACUAAAGUUUUUUGUGUACUUAUGAUCUUAAUGGUGUAAUUGUGACAUUUCUAGUCAUGGUUUCCACUAAUGAACCAGAAGCUUUGUUCUCAAGUGGCACAGACAAGAAUGCAGACCUGUCUGGCUAUGGAAUAGUGUCAGUGUUACACAAGUGUCAGUCUAAGGAUGCAAGAAAACUAUGUAUAUAUGAUCCUGUAUACAAAAUAAAACAGUCAGUCAAAAAAUAUUAUGACAUAGGGGGAACAUAUACAAACUCUGAAUCUGAUCUUUGGUUUUACUUAACAGCCUUCCCAUUCUCAGAGCAGAACUAUUUAUUAAAUCUUUUUGUGUGCCACAGAAAAAUUGGGAAUGUAACAAUUGCUGUUAAUUUAAAUGGCGUCACACAAAAACAAAUACUGAAAAGUUUACGUCCUAACGAACAUUAUCACUUAAAAACAUUCCUCCUGAGAGAGGAAGACUUACAAUUGUUGGGUGAUCAAAAUCUUUAUAUAUCUGUGUCUAUUGAUAACCAGACAAAUCAGCUAAUAGACAGUGAGAUUAUUAAGAAAAUGAAACUUCAACAGAAUUUGAGCGAAGUCAUACUGAAACAAGAGGAAACUGAUUUUAUAUUAGAAUCUGUAAGUAAGAAAAAGUUUCCAACACAUAAAAUCGUUGUGGGGGCGCACAGUCCUGUUCUUAGGGCAAUAAUAGAAUCAGGGAAGACUUCUGCUUCAUUGGACCUCUCCGACGAAACUAUGGAGCUAUUCUUAGAAUUCUUGUACAAGGGAACUAUAAGAAGUAUAAAAGAGAGAGAUUGCAUUCAAUUACAAGAUGUUGCUGACAAAUUGAAAAUGGAAAAUUUGUUCUUACUAACCCAGUAUGUAUUUGAAACUCAGAUUAAUUUGGAUAAUGCUAUCAAAAUAGCACAGUUAGCAAAGAAAUAUAAUUUGGAGACACUUUGGUUCAAAGUGUGUGCCUUCAUUCAAAAAAAUCCACAAGUGAUGGCCACAGAAGGCUGGAAAUCUCUUACUGAUGUUGAUUUAGCCAAACAAUUAUGCCAACAGUUUGUUAAAUAAUUAAUAUUUAUCAUAACAUCAUAUAGUUUGUAUAAAAAUGUAUUAUAACAAUGAUAUAUAAAGUUAGGGUAAUCAUUCAGUUACUUGUUUUUUUAUAUAUGAAUGGGGUACCUACCCCCUAUAAUGAGCAAUUUACUGUAAUGAUAUCUAAAUACUUAACAUUUUAAUAGGUACUGUGAACAUAAGGAUACUUGGUAAUUAUUUUUGUAUAAAUACUGCAUGUAUAAUGAGGGGGUUGAUUUUGAGGCACUUUCUCAAAAUCUCUUUCUAAAAUAAAAAAUUCAGAGAUUAAAUUGCUAAUAGAUUUAAGUCAAAAUUAUUAUAAAUUUAACUUACAGUAGUCCAUAACACAGUGAUUUUAUGAAAUGAUAUUUUUUUUUUAUUAAUUUAUUUAUUUCUCAAUGAUCAAAUUAAAAUAAUAGGUUAAGGGGUAGAGAAAUAGCGCCGAAGAAUCAACCCCACUAUAUGCGAGGGAAGUUCACCCUAAGUUCCAAACCGGCCAAUGUGCACAAGUCAAAUGCAGUCUCUAAUUUGUGAGGCAAACUAUGAAUAUGUACAAAGUUAGAUAUGUAUGUAAGAAUAGUGUUGCUACAGCGUACGCACGAAAGGGAAGAAAUAUUGUUAUUCUUUUAUGUAUUUUUAUAUAUAUAUUCUUUUAUUUAGUUUUUUGUGUAUAUCUAAGUCUGUUAUGAUUUGUGUACUGUAAGUAAUGCAGAUAAAAAAUGUAUCUAUCUAUCUAAUAAAUGCUUGUGUUAUAGUCUCAUUAGAACAAUAAGGAAUUUACUAUAAAAUUGUAUAUAUGUAGAUAUGUUUGUGGCUGCGUCCACUAUAAGAUGCUUACAAUAAAUCUGUUCAAAUCA